UUAUUCUCUAACGGCAGCGACAUCCCCAAUCGGUUGGUUACAAGCUUCGAAGGGAAAGGAAGGAAUCGGGUCCCACCCCAGCAAUGUAAAAACGCCGCCUUUUCCUCCGCAAUAUAUUUCAACACGUAUAUUGAACUGUGCUGAUUAUUAAUUAUCCUUCUUUGCGAUACAAAUUCCCGAGUUUCGUAUGCAAUACAGAACUACGAUUGAUUUACCUGAGCAUCUGACCUUUAACAUUCAAGUUCAGAUAUUCAGGUGUGGCAUACAAUAAAAUGACAUGUUCUGAGCUAGACCCUGAUGUCGUUCGGUGGGGCCUUCAUCUGAUAGAUGUUUGCUCUAUCAAUGAUAGUGGAUCUCCUGUCACCAUUACACAGUAUGAUGAGGACAUGUCUCAAACUGAAUUAAUUAGAGAAGGUUACUGUGAUACAUCACACUUACCUCAAACUGAGUUGAUCAGAGGAGGUCACUAUGAUACCUCACAUGCUUACGUGGAGAAUGAUGAGAUAAUUGCUCAUACACUUCAAGAGGAAUUAUCGCGAGUUGCGAUUGCUGAAUCUUCAGGAUCUUCGCAUGCUGAAGAACUUCAGAAAGACUCUGUUCUUUCUCAGGAUUGGCUUGGAUCUUCAAAGAGACACGGUUGUGAAAGAGUUAAUGAAGAAAUAGAAGACAGUGACAUGUUUUAUCAAUAUUCUAGUCCAUUAGAAAUGCUAGGUUGUCCGAGUGAUCAAGCUUAUUUGCCACAGAUUGAAGAUGAGUCCAGUCUUGAUGGUGAAGUUGGCAAAAGACUGAACCAGAUGGUUUCUAUUCCUCAUGUUCCUAAAAUCAAUGGAGAGAUACCAUCAGUUGAUGAAGCUUCUUCAGACCAUCAGAGGCUAAUGGAUAGGCUUGAACUAUAUGAGCUUGUUGAGUUAAAAAUUUCAGGAGAUGGCAACUGCCAGUUCCGGUCGCUAUCAGACCAAAUCUAUCGUACUAGUGAGCAUCACAAGUUUGCAAGGGAGCAGGUUGUUAAACAGCUCAAAUCCCACCCGGAGUUGUACAAGGGUUAUGUUCCUAUGGAUUAUGACGAAUACCUAAAGAAAAUGAGCAAGAGUGGUGAAUGGGGUGAUCAUGUCACAUUGCAAGCUGCUGCAGAUGCGUAUGGUGUUAAGAUAUUCAUCAUUACAUCAUUCAAGGAUACCUGCUACAUUGAGAUAAAUCCACACACACAAAUAUCAAAGAGAAUUAUUUUCUUGAGUUUUUGGGCGGAAGUGCAUUACAACUCCAUAUAUCCACGAGGAGAGUUGCCUAUAAUGGAGGGUGACAAAAAGAAGAAGAAGAAAUGGUGGCAGCUUGGGAGAGAAUAACUUCCUCCAACAAGUUUGAUGCAGAAAGUCUCCUCUUUUAACCAACCACUUCUAACGUCUGUAGAUGGGGAAGAGUAUAGAAGGAAACAAGAGAAGUGCAUUGUAGCUGAUUGUGCAUAUUAAGUGCAUUCUAGUGUACAUAUAUAUAGUAGAUCUCCUCCCCUCCUAGUCUAUAGGUAUAGCAAUUUUGAUUUAUUAAGACCGUGUUAUCAUCCUAUAUUCACUUAUAGCUACUUGUAAAUUUAUUUAUUUAUUCAUUCAUUUUUAUAUAUUUCAAUGUCUUCUACAAUUAGG